AUGCCGCCACUCACAUUCCUUGAUCUCCCAGGAGAAAUCCGUAACCAAAUCUACCAUUUACUUCUCAUCGUCCCACCUAUCUCAGCACCCCGUCCUCUAGGAAGUGACCCCCCAAUAUAUCCUCAAAUCCUAUCCGUAUGUCGAAAAGUCCACGAUGAAGCCCAACAAAUCCUUUACGGUAGCAAUGUCUUCAUAGCCCACCCAAAUCUCCUAACGGGUCUACCGCGCUUGCGUUGGAAAUAUGAUACUAUCAGCUCUUCACGGUUGAUAUCAAUCAUCAACAAAUACUACAUCGUUGUGCGAUUGGAUUGCGAUCCCAAUUUCUCUGCAGUGAAAGCAGAGGAUGCUUUUAAUGGAAUGGAAGAAUUGACAAUAAGGGUUGAACAAUCUACGUACAGGGGCUCCGACUAUGAAGUAUUGAGACUCUUUGAGGGUGUGAGAGAUUUGAAGAAAGCAAAAGUGUAUGGGAGUGUGUCUGGAUUCCCGGCAUAUGUUGAAUGGUUGCAGGAUGUAAUGAUGAUGCCAAAGGAUGCUGAUAUUACUCCGUUUGAAUGA